AGUCGGCGCAAGAGGGGAGCUCGUCAAGACGCCAACAAAUCCCUCACGUGCAGGCGCGGGAAGAAGAAUAUUCUGGAUGUUUUCAGAUGCGCGUUUUUAGGGCACCUCGCGGAUGCUCCGGCGGUCGGAGCUAAUCCGCGCGCCUAAUCCACGUUUCUCGCUCUUGCGCGGAUUUAUGAGCCGUCUCCUCGCGUGACGACGACGAUGAUGAUGAGAAUGAGGAUGAGGAUGAGGAUGAGGAUGAUGAUGAGCUCCCCCCGCCGCGCCGCCGCAGCCGCCUCGCGCCGCGCCUGCCACCAGCAGCAGCAGCAGCAGCAGCAGCAUCAUCAUCAUCUCAGCUCCGCGCCCCCGGUUCCACGCGCACACCAGAGGUAACUGGCCCACCCGCGCGCGGCAUGGAACUAUCCGAGGUGCGCUGUUCGAGCGCCUGCAGCGAGGAGCUGUACACCAUCAACCGGACGCCGAGCGGCAGCAGCGGCGGAAGAACCGGAGGAACCGGAGGCAAGCGGCUUCUGUGGCAGAACGCCGUCCGCCACAUCACCGAGCAGCGCUUCAUCCACGAGCAGGGCGGCGGGGGAGGGGGCGAGCCCGAGCGGCCGGACGCGCGCAAGCAGUCCGCCGGCCGGACGUCGGUCGGCGGCGAGCGGCAGCACAACAACGGCGGCACCAAGGUGUUCCCCGAGCGGGCCACCAGCAGCGACCUGGGCUUCCUGCAGAUCGACUGCGCGCCCACCAACUCGGACUUCUUCCUGAACUGGGGCUACACGUACCGCGGCGUGAUCUUCCCCACGCUGCGCAACGCCUUUAAGUCGCGCGACCUGGAGCGCCUGUACCAGCGCUACUUCCUGGGCCAGCGGCGGAAGUCGGUGGUGGUGAUGAACAUCCUCGACGUGGUGACCAAGCUGACGCUGCUCGUGCUGCACCUGGGCAUGGCCUCGGCGCCCAUGGACCCGGUCAAAGGCGCGCUGCUGGGCUUCUUCGCCGGCGUCGAGGUGGUCAUCUGCGCGCUGGUGGCGGUGCGCAAGGACGCCACGUCGCACGGAUACCUGCGCUACAGCGGCGCCGUCACCUGGGCGGCCAUGGCCACGCAGAUCCUGGCGGCGGGGCUGGGCUACGGCCUGCUGGGGGACGGCGUGGGCUACGUGCUCUUCGCGCUGUUCGCCACCUACGGCAUGCUGCCCCUGCCGCUGGCCUGGGCCAUCCUGGCCGGACUCUUCACUUCCGGCCUGCACCUGCUGGUCAGGCUGCUGCUGGCCCACGAUGCGCCGCUCUCCAGCAACCAGGUGGCAGCCCAGACCGUUCUGUUCAUGUGCAUGAACACGGCCGGGAUAUUCAUCAGCUACCUGUCGGACCGUGCCCAGCGUCAGGCCUUCUUAGAAACGCGACGCUGCAUCGAGGCCAGGCUGCGCCUGGAGACGGAGAACCAGAGACAGGAGCGUCUGGUUCUGUCCGUCCUGCCUCGCUUCGUGGUUCUGGAAAUGAUCAACGACAUGACCAACGUGGAGGACGAGCACCUCCAGCAUCAAUUCCAUCGGAUCUACAUCCACCGCUACGAGAAUGUCAGCAUUCUUUUCGCAGACGUCAAAGGCUUCACAAAUCUUUCCACGACGCUGUCGGCUCAGGAGCUCGUGCGGAUGUUGAACGAGCUUUUUGCACGCUUUGACCGCCUCGCACAUGAGCAUCACUGCCUGCGCAUCAAGAUUCUGGGCGACUGUUACUACUGCGUGUCGGGUCUUCCCGAGCCGCGGCAGGACCACGCCCACUGCUGCGUGGAGAUGGGCCUCAGCAUGAUCAAAACCAUCAGGUACGUGCGCUCGCGUACGAAACACGACAUCGACAUGCGCAUCGGGAUCCACUCAGGUUCGGUCCUGUGCGGCGUGCUGGGCCUGAGGAAAUGGCAGUUCGACGUCUGGUCCUGGGACGUCGACAUCGCCAACAAGCUCGAGUCCGGAGGCAUACCUGGGCGCAUCCACAUCUCCAAAGCGGCGCUGGACUGCCUAAACGGCGACUACGAGGUGGAGGCGGGCCAUGGCAAGGACCGCAACGACUUCCUGCGCCGCCACAACAUCGAGACAUAUCUCAUCAAGCAGCCCGACGACAGCCUGCUCGCCCUCCCCGAGGACAUCGUGAAGGAAGCGGCCAGCUCGGCCGACCGGCGCGCCAGCGGCGCCACCUUCAACGAGGCGUCCUGGAGCCCCGAGCUGCCCUUCGACAACAUCGUGGGCAAGCAGAACUACUCGCAGAUGAGGGACGAAGUUUUCAAGUCGAACCUGGUUUGCGCCUUCAUCGUGCUCCUCUUCAUCACCACUAUACAAAGUCUGCUGCCUUCUGCCAGGAUGGUGCCAAUGGUGGUGCAGUUCUCAGUCCUGAUUCUGCUGCACUCGUGUCUGGUCCUGGUGACUACAGCUGAGGACUACAAGUGUUUGCCUCUGGUCCUGCGCCAGGCAUGCUGCUGGAUCAAUGAAACGUACACUGCACGCAACGUCGUUAUCUUCCUCUCCAUACUCAUCAACUUCCUGGCAGCCAUGAUCAACAUUCUGUGGUGCGACUUUGACAAGUCAGGCACGUUGAGGAACAACACCUUCAACAACUCCAAUGCCAUCGCUGACAUCUGCUUUUACCCGGAGUACUUUGUGUUCACGGGUGUGUUGGCGAUGGUAACGUGUGCCGUCUUCCUGCGUCUCAACUCGGUUCUGAAGUUGGCCGUGCUGCUGCUGAUGGUCGCCGUCUACUCGCUGCUCACCGAAGCGUUCUACGCUUCGCUCUUCGUGCGUUACGACGUCGCCCACCGCAACACAGAGAACUUCCUGGGUACCAAGGAGACGUCGCUGCUUCUCAUGGUCAUGUUCCUCCUUGCCGUCUUCUACCAUGGACAGCAGCUGGAGUACACGGCCCGCCUGGACUUUCUGUGGCGCGUUCAGGCCAAAGAGGAAAUCAACGAGAUGAAGGAGCUGCGAGAACACAACGAGAACAUGCUCAGGAACAUCCUGCCCAGCCACGUCGCCAGGCACUUCCUGGAGAAGGACCGCGACAAUGAGGAGUUGUACUCUCAGUCUUACGACUCAGUGGGCGUUAUGUUCGCGUCCAUCCCAGGAUUCGCUGACUUUUACUCGCAGACGGAGAUGAACAACCAGGGAGUGGAAUGCCUCCGACUGCUCAACGAGAUCAUUGCCGACUUUGACGAGUUACUGGGAGAAGAACGAUUCCAGGACAUCGAGAAGAUCAAAACCAUCGGCAGCACUUACAUGGCCGUGUCGGGUUUGUCUCCCGAGAAGCAGCAGUGUGAAGACAAAUGGGGUCACUUGUGCGCGCUGGCCGACUUUGCCAUCGCUCUCAACGAAAGCAUCCAAGAAAUCAACAAACACUCCUUCAACAACUUUGAACUCAGAAUUGGCAUGGCUCAGGGCUCGGUGGUGGCUGGUGUGAUCGGUGCCAAGAAGCCCCAGUACGACAUUUGGGGCAAGACGGUGAACCUGGCAAGCCGCAUGGACAGCACGGGCGUGAGCGGCAAGAUCCAAGUUCCUGAGGAAACCUGCGUCAUCCUCAAGGAGCGCGGGUUCGCCUUCGAGUACCGCGGUGAGAUCUACGUAAAGGGCAUCAGCGAGCAGGAGGGCAAAAUCCGCACACACUUCCUGUCAGGCCGUGUGCUGCCGAACCCGCUCACCAUGCAGCCGCGCAAGAUGACCGGCCAGUACUCGCUGGCUGCUGUGGUGCUGGGACUGGUCCAGUCGCUCAACCGCCAGAAGCAGAAGCAGAUCCUCAACGACAACAACAACUCGGCCAUCAUGAAGGCACACCAUCAUCAUCACUACAACCGUAGGACGCUGCUGGCCAACGACGGGGGCACGGCGCACCUCGCCGAUGCCCCCGAGAAAACCGACGUGUCCUGAAGUGGGGAC